UCUUACUCUUUUACUUUCUCUCUCCUUUACCUUUCCUUUCCUUUACUUCUGCAAACCCAGAUCUGGGUCUUCCUCUCUCAAACCCAGAUCUGGGACCCAGAUCUGCGUACUAUAAUGAGAGGGAGCCAAAAAAAUGAAACAAAAUAAAAAAAUAAAAUCAUGAUGUGGCUUGGAAGGAACCGACCCGCCCGAUUAGAAGGACUAGAUGGAACCGACGAUGCUGUUGUCACCGGCUGUAUUUCCAGGGUUUCCGUGUGAGGUUGGAGCCAAGAAAUUUGGACUACACAGCAGUGGGAGCGCUAUGUUAUCUUGACGCUUUUCAGACCCGAUCACCUGCCUUGGAGCUUCGGGUCGAUGCUCAAGGCUCCGAUUGACGCUUCCAUGGCGACGAUUGUUGUUUGGAGGACGGAUCAAGUCACUGUUUUAGUUUCCCCAAGAUCUUGAACUCUCCUGAUCUGUAAAUCUUUCACCUGCCUUCGGUAACAAUUUUGAGAAAAACCCAGAUUUGGGUUUCAUCACAGAUGUUCCCAAUGUUGCUUUGCCUUUGCUUUAUUGUCAGUUUCUUUAUCAUCCAUUGGGUUCUUGAUUCCUUUUGGCAGGCUGUAGGAUUAGGCUUUCGAUAACCAAUUCCAGUUGUUUGAUACAACAAACUCAGACGGAACAUCGAUGGUGUCGUCGAAAAGUUAUAUGCUCGAUUCACUUCUUUGCUGGAGUUUUCUCAAACUUCUGGUGAUCUUUCCUCAUCAACUCUCGCCAUUUUCCUUUCCUCAUCAACAAAUUCCUACAGUACGCCAUUGCCUACUUCUAUUUGGGUUUGAGAAAUUGAAUAGUCUGCUUGAUUCACUUCUUUGCUUGAGUCCAUGUGAUGCAGUGCUCAAAACUGUUAUUUUGUGGUUCUGUUGUUUGGAAUUUGCUGUGGCAGAGAUGCUCUUUCUAAGGUAUUUGGUUUGGAUUUUUGUAGAUCUACAAAUAUAAGGUUUGGUUUGGA